AUGGAUCGAUUCGUACGCCUGUCGAGCUUCCUCGAGAACUGCCUCGCCAACCCGGAGCCUUCGCUCGUGUCCAAGCUGCAGCUCAAGCUCGAACGCGCCCGACCGGCCCUGCUCGACCUGCUGGACCUCGUACCCAAGAGCAGUACAGAGAGGCACCAACUCGAGAAAGGUACGUUCUUUCUUCAUCCUCGCGCCGAUGAACGUCCCUCCCCGGGCUGCGUUGCCGACUGA